UCCGUCGGCGUGUGUUUGAGGGACGGCUGGCUGCAUCCGCGAGGAGUCGCCGGGCAGGAGCAGGGCAUUUUUAAACGCAGUUUUUCGGGGGUGGAGAAGAACCGACAAUUACCGCCGCAGACUUGACGAGACGACGCCCGGCGAACGACGACUUUGCUCGGCCGUUAUUUCACCGCGGAGACUGCGCCACACGGUGUAGUAGAGACUUAGCCCGCUAGCAAGGCGAGGACCACGGCGGCGGAGAAAACCCCCUCCAUCCCCGGGCAGCGCCUCCUCCAGCUCCCCCGUCGACGUCUAAACCCCUAAAACCCGAGUUUUAACCCCCACCCCCCACCCCCCCUUAACCCCCCAUCACCUCUGCCCCCUUCCCUUCCCCUCCACCCGGAACACUGGACAUCCACAAGCGGCCGGGCAGCGGCGAGGCGCCGGCCAAGCUGGGGCUGGUUCCAGGCUCCCCGGAGCCGCAGGGAGGAGCCGCCGCCGUGCCGAUGCCCGCGCCGGUGCCAGUGUCGAUGCCGGCGGCGACCGCGGAGUCGGCGGCGGGGAUGGACGGGCUGGCCGUGGAGGUGCGCGGCUCCAACGGGGCCUUCUACAAGGGUUUUAUCAAAGAUGUCCACGAAGACUCACUCACAAUUGUAUUUGAAAACAAUUGGCAGCCAGAGAGACAGUUACCUUUCAGCGACGUGCGGUUGCCUCCUCCAACUGACUACAACAAGGACAUCGGUGAAGGCGAUGAGGUGGAGGUCUACUCCAGGGCCAAUGAACAGGAGCCAUGCGGGUGGUGGCUGGCACGGGUCCGAAUGAUGAAGGGAGAGUUCUAUGUAAUUGAAUAUGCGGCAUGCGACGCCACAUACAAUGAGAUCGUCACAGCAGAGCGCAUCAGGCCACUCAACCCCAACAGUCCUUCCUCUCGAAACACUUUCCACAAGGUCCCCAUCGCCGUCCCCGAAGACCUGAGGGAGAUUUGUGCAAAUGACAACAUCCACAAAGACUUCAGGAAAGCUAUCGGAGCCAACUGCAUCUUCUUCAGUGCCCAAACACAUGAACUCAUCGUGCUGUCUACAAAUGAGACGACGGUGAAGCGUGCAACUCUUCUGAGUGACAUGCAUUUCCGCAGCAUCCGUACCAAGCUUAUUCUAAUGUCGCGCAACGAAGAGGCCACUAAACAUUUGGAGACAAGUAAGCAGUUAGCGUCGGCUUACCAAGAGGAGGUCAGAGUCAGAGAGGACCUGAUGGGCCUCGCCAUUGGUUCCCAUGGUGCCAACAUCCAACAAGCGAGGAAGGUUCCCGGCGUCACGGCCAUCGAGCUGGAGGAGGAAAGCUGCACAUUCAGGAUCUACGGAGAGACCCCCGAGGCAGUGAAACAGGCGAGAGAGUAUCUCGAGUUUAAAGAAGACUACUUUCAGGUACCCAGGAACCUUGUAGGCAAAGUUAUUGGCAAGAACGGCAAAGUCAUCCAGGAAAUAGUGGACAAGUCAGGUGUGGUCCGCGUCAGGAUCGAAGGAGACAACGACAAAAAACUUCCCCGGGAGGAGGUAGGCAGGCAGGGCGCUGGCAGAGACGACACUGCCGGCAGCAAAGAGGGCAUGGUUCCCUUUGUGUUUGUUGGAACUAAGGAGAACAUCAGCAAUGCCCAAGCUCUGUUGGAGUACCAUGUGUCCUAUCUUCAGGAGGUGGAGCAGCUGCGCCUUGAGCGGCUCCAGAUCGACGAGCAGCUCCGUCAAAUCGGUGUCGGGUACCGCGCGCCCCCUAAUCGAACCGGGGGCCCUGGUGGCGAGCGGGAAAAAGGAUACCUAACUGACGAGAGCAACAACUCGCUCCACACCUCGCGUACCUACGGAGGCCGCGGCAGGGGGCGGAGAGCCUCCAACAGCCAGUACUCUGGAUAUGGCACAAACUCUGAACUUUCCAACGCCUCCGAGUCGGAGGACGUAAAUGAGCGAGACCAGAGGCCCCGCGGCAUCGGCAGUGACGAAAGAGGCUCCCGAAGGGGUGGCAGGGGCCGCGGCUCCAACUCGGGGCGCGGCCGCGGGGGCCCUGGAUCCAAGACUUCCAACUCCAUCAGUUCAGUGCUGAGGGACCCGGACAGUAACCCAUACUCUCUGCUGGAGGGAGAGGGAGAGCUGGCAGACACGGACGUGAGCGAGGGCACGGGGGGAGAGCGCCGCAGACGAUCCAGGCGCCGCCGCAACGACCAGGAGCCCAGCGUGAUGGAUGCCGCCACAGAGUCGGACAGCCAGGCGGCCCCCAGUGAGAAUGGGUUAGAUGAAGAGGCCCGACCUCAGCGCCGCAACCGAAGCCGCCGCCGCCGUAACCGUGGCGGUCGCCCAGAGGGAGGUUCGGCCAGCCGCGACAGACAGCCAGGGGAAAAUGAUUUCAAUGUUCCAGUGACUGUCGCCGACUACAUAUCCCGUCCGGAGUCACAGAGCAGACAGAAUCUACCCCAGAAGGAGAACCACGAUGCUAACGAGCCCAAGGAGAACGGCACCAGUGCCAAGAAGGACGACCGAACGCCUUCCAAGCGUUCCCCCAGCAAAGGCAUGACCUCAGCCAGCGAGAACCUGACUUUGGUCAACGGGGUCUCAUAAAGACGUGAACCCCCCCCCCUAGCAAACACAAGUCUAGAGCAAGACUCCAUGGCAAACUCUGUCCCUGCUUGCAUUAACUUAAACCUUAAACAGAUGAGUGAAAAGUACCUGACAAAAUACCUGAAAUCAUACUAUGAGAGUGAAAAAGUACAAAAAAAAACGACAAACGCAUCUACUUAAAAACACGUUAACGGUGUAUGCUAUCCUAUCUAUCAGUACUUAGUGCUUAUUUAAAAACACAACUAGCUUGCCAAAAAAGAGCUGGUGUAUAUGACUUGAUUUCUAAAAAUACUGAAAUACGAAAACAGGACAAGACUUUUUUUGUUGUUUAUAUUUUUUUUUUCUUUUCUUUUCCAAAUGGUUGUCUUUGUUCUUUUUGUUUUUAAUUUUGUUCAUUGUUUAUCACUGGUUUGGACUCGGCGGUUGCUCUCUCACACAAAACGGAUGCGUCUGAAAUACUGUCGAGAGAUGUGAGCCAUUGGCGUGCGAGCAGAUAGUCCAAUAGCUUAACAAUGUUCACACACUGAACCUGAGAGUGAAUAUGGACAGAUUGGAAUACUGACAGACAUUGUGCCUUGAAUUUGAAAAUAAUAAAAUAAAAAAACUUGAGUUUUUUUUUUUUUUUUUUUCCUUCUUCUCCAUUAAGGUUCUUUUUCUUUAGUGGAAGACAGAAAAAGAGGGAGAAGUACUCUUAUUAGUUUUUGUUUUUCUUUAGUUUGAAUGGAGGGAACAGACCUGUGAGGGACUGAUGAGUGAAUAGAGGAUCCAGAAACGGGAGGAUUAGGCGGCCGACGUGACGAAGGCGAAGUCUGGUGCCAAAUACAAAAUUCAAGGCGCUUGUCCUCAUUCCAUGUUGAGUGGUCAGUGUGGUUUGCGGAUAUGUUCAUUUGACACAUUGUGCAACCACAAAAUUAACCUAGGAGGGGUGACUUAACAGCACACGACGAGGCCCGGGGGUGUCUAACAACUGGCCUCGAGGGCGCUUCUUCCCCCUCUAGUCUGACCUUGGUUCUUUCAAGGGUCCCGGGCUGUACCUGUAACCGGGACAGGCCCGGGCCAGGCAGAUUGGAACUACAGACUUAAUAUAAAAUAAAAAAAAUCCAACCGAAAGGACUAUGCCGUGCCUCUUUCUCUUCGUCAGAGGGGGUGGCGGUGCUCGCGUUCAAGCCACAACCCGUGUCUUGGUGAAACCACUGCAGCGCGCAGCUCCGGACGCCCGCGGAGACCACGCCCGCGGAGGCCACGACCCCGUCCGCGGCGGGCGCUGUUAGCAGGGAGGGGGGGGUGGGGGUCCCGGAGACUGCAGACUGUGAGAUUGGGACAGCUUCAAAUCAAAUGAGAGCAAUAGGACACACAGGGCCCACAUUUACAGGUACACUCCAGAAGGCAAACGCACGUUGACACGGUCUCCCGCGUAGCGCAAAGCAGAGGACCCGAAAAAGAAAACUCUAAACAAACGAGGUGUCUGUCUUGUACCUGGCAGAUGGGGUUGGUGUAAUGGAGUACGAGACGGACUGGAGACCUCAGUGGCUCUCUGCUCAUGUUGUUACUGUUGUCUUGGUUACCGCUCUCAAUAUUUUUUUUGUUGCCAUUUCCACAUCUUUAGAAAAUAUGAAAUAAAACAUUGAAGUGAAAUCAA